UUCCCAGGAGGCGCUGUGAUUUGUUUAUAAGACUAAAUAACAUGCAUUUAUUUUCUGAUGUGAUAAGAUUUAUUUUUUAGACUAGCUGACUUUUGUUCACAGAAACGUUAUCCUGUUGGAAUCAGCAAAAUGUCCGCGUCGUCUAUUUUAGAAAAAGAUGACCAAGAAAUCAAAGACGUGAAAGAAAACAUAAAAAUUUCUCGAGGUCCGAGACAAGAAAUUGAACUUGAAGAUGUUGAGCUUGCCAAAGUGGCCAAUAUGUCUGUUUAUGAUGAAAACGGAAACAAAAUUAGAUUUGGUGAUAUUUACAAGAAACAGAAAACGAUCAUAGUAUUCACAAGGCAUUUUUUAUGUUUCAUGUGCAAGGAGUAUGUUGAAGACCUUGCUUUGAUACCACUGGAAUACUUACAGGCAGCAGAUGUAAGACUUGUUGUGAUUGGCCCAGCACCACAUAAAUUCAUCAAAUCUUUCCGUGAGGCGACACGAUAUAACUACACUUUAUAUUGUGAUCCUGACAGGGAAAUAUACAAAGCUUUUGGAUUAAGUGAGAAAUUAACCUCAGGUUCUUUAAAAGGUAGUAAACAUAUAAAAUCUGGGUUCAUUAUGGGUGUAUUAACUAGUACAUGGAGAGCUAUGAAGGUACGGGAAUAUCAAGGCGAUGUUAAACAGCAAGGAGGAGCAUUUAUUCUUGGUCCAGGUGAUAAGCUUCAAUUUUCUCACAUAGAUCAGAGUUCGACAGAUCAUAUAGCAAUCAAUGAUCUAUUACAUGAAGCGGGUGUUCAACCAGUCAGUUUCCCUAAUGAUCCCCGAGUAUUACAGAUAUAAACUCAUUACAGUUCUUGUCAUUUAUAUAAUGAGUUGCAAUUUGGUGCUUAUGAAGGGGACAUUUAAUUUAGUAAGCAUAAUGAAUGGAAAUAAUUGUAUCACCAUUGUAAUGUGUACGUAACAGAGUGAACGAAGCAGUUAAUUCAAAGGAAGGAAAGCUAGAUUUUGCUUUAGUUCAUUUUGAAUUUGUUUCAAACUAAAUCAAAAUUUAUUUCAUAAUUCAUUUACUGUGUGGUUUUUUUAUUCAACCACAUAUUGGCAAUGAUUCUUAAUUCUUGUAAAAACUAAAUACCAGUGGGACUGUUGGAAGGUGUGGUAGUUUUUGUCCAAGGCUAUAUCAGUGACAGGCAGUAGAACUGCCUGCCUAACAUCACAGAUUUUCUUUGGGUUCUCCAUUAUCUCCUGUCAACUUAUGAACUGGUAUCUACUGAAGAUUCCAAAAAAUAGUCUUUUUAUGGUGAACAUUUUUUGUCUGUGGCAGCCUCUGAACUUUGGAAUGAAUCUCCAUAAACACAAAAAUAAGUCUCAGUAUAUUAAAAUAAACUAAAAGUGAAUUAUUUGUUAAUGUUUUUAAUUGACUAUAUAUAUGUUUUUUUCAUAAUAUGUACAACCGUUUAUAUUUCCUUCACAAUUAUAUAAAUGAAUUAUAACACAUACUUCUGGAAAACAGCUACUGAUUUAUUUAGGUAUGUUUCGGAGAGUAUUCUCUCAACAUUUUCAAGCUAAUACAAUGUAACAAAAUUUGAAGCAACAUAUGUAGACAAAACUACAACAACAAAGCUGAAACUAUACACGGCAACUAACAUGAUCAGUAGCUGUUUUUCCAAAGUAUGUGUUAUAGUUUAUUUAUCUACCCAGUUACUAAAUGCCACUUAAAGAACACAAUUAUACUGUACUUUUAUAUUUACAUUAUGUUUUCUGUUUAGUAUAUAUUUUAUUGAUUCAUUUUGUAUAUUUUGUUAUUGCUCUGACACUAUGGAAUGCGCUUCCACUUAAAAGUGUACACAACAUAAACAUUUUCAAAAAGAAACUAAAAACUCAUAUUUUUUACCAAAUCUUUCGUGAUUCCCCAGUGAGAUCUUUAAACCUUAUUCUGAUGUGACAGUAAUUCUUUUUCAGGCCAUUAUGAAUAUUGUAACAGUGCACCAGAGCAGCUAAUCUAGCUGAAUCUUGGCGCUCUAUAAAUGUCCAUUAUUAUUAUUAUCAUUAUUUAUAUAUCAUCGCAGCAUAGUCUGAGUUUUGUCAAAUUUUUCGUGGCAACCCAAAAAUUCCAAUUUUUAUACAAUAAAGACGUAGAAAUUGGUUGACCUUUUAUCCACUGGAAUUUCAGAUAUCAUACAGUAGAUGUUUAACAAAAAUUCCAUAAGACAUUUAACAAUAAUGGCUAUGUUAGGUUUGUUUGUAAUGCUUUGUUUGGUAAGACAUAAAUUGAUUUAUUCAAGGAAAUACAACAUUUUCAAGCUUAUUUAUAUUUUUUGGAAUGACCCAUAUUUUAUAUUCUUAAACGAUAUCUAUAAAGCCCAAAUUUAAUAUUGGCUUAAAUAUAUUACAACUAGAUGAAAAGAUGCACAAGAAAACUGAUUUUGAAGAAACAAAUGAAUUUCGUAAAAUAUGCCAGAUAGACCACUUGACUCCAAACUAACUAUAAAUGUGCCACAAAGCAGCUGGAUGUUGUCACUAUAUAACUUAUAAGUUUAAUAAAUUGUAUUAUAAAGGUAAAA